AUGUAUUGCUUUGAAUGAUUGGCCCGCGAAUACAUCCAAGAUGCGGGCAAAGGAAUCUUGCACACCAGCUCGUACCCCGGAAACCUUCCUAGCUUCAGGGCUUUGCUAGAUACAUAGUGAGAUCAACCGCCAACCGUGUGCAUCUUGUUCUUUUAUGUUUGAUAUACGAGGCAGGUCCCGGGGUUUCCCCAGGAGAAGUCUACAUAUGCAAAGCGUGGGUCUGGGCAUCCCGAAAAUCUCUCUUCGGCAAAGCCUUAAUCUUGCACGGAGCCCAGAACUGAAGAUGUUCCUUAUGCUAGUUAAGAGUCCAAGCCAUGUUCUUUUUAUCGCAUCUAACGUGGCGGUUUUGGUGCACUUGAAGUUUUUCAGCACCAUGAAAAAAAACGACAAGCUAGAGCACCUCAAGCUGCAGGCAGCAGAGCUUGAAAACUACGAAAGCGUGGUCUCGGAUCUAGAUAAGAAGCUUGAAAGCGUUCAAAACCAGAUCAAAAUCAUAAAGUCCCAGAAAGAAAGUGGUAUUCGUAAACCCUUGUCGAACGAUAAGAAACAGUCGGCUAAGUGGAGUAAAUACCGCGAGAACCAACUAAACAUGCUACGAGACCAACAAAAUCUCGCUAAAAGAUUCGUUGCAUCUAGAGAACUCAUUGCCACGAAACUCUCCGAGCCCGAAAACAUUGCUCGGCUCUUUGAAGCUGAUGAUGGACGGUCCACUGGAAAUAUCUCUGAAGAAAUCAUCGAAGACUACGAGACAGACCCCCUGUUACGGACGUACUCGUCUCCCAUUCUGAAUAUUAUGAUGCUGCUCUCGAAUCUGAUCAUCACGUCGUGUCUUGUGGACCUAAAUCUCCGCUUUUCGCUACGCGAUAAAUACUUGAAGAACAUCAACUCCAGUUCGAAGGAACUAUUCCGUCCAAACCUCUUUGAAUGCAUGAAGCCAGACCAAGACAAAAAGGAAAUGUUCCAAGAAUUGGCAAAACUCCGCCAGGGGCCUGCAGUCGACCUAAAGCAAGGUCUCAGAAACCUCGAUGCCGAAAAAAGGCAAGCAUUAUUCCAAGAAUUUCAGGAGAACGACGCCUUUUCCAGUAGAGAACUGCGUAGAUACGACAUGUACCUCUACAAGUCUGGGCGUUGGCGCAACUAUGAAAACUCCGAUACAAGCAGGUGGAUACAUGGUAUACAGGGGCCAGUUUUCCGAACUAACACCGUCGACAGCACCGAGUAUUUGAAAAGAUUCCAAAAUCUUUACUCUACUUACAGAAAAAACCGGAGUCCAUUCAAGCAUUUCAAUUUCGUGCUCAAGAUAGCGAAGGAGCUUGCGCGUGGCGGAAAUUGCAUUCCUUCAAAUGCUAUAUUCAGAGAUCUUCUAGACAAGUUUGGUCAGGCGCGGCUAUACAACUACCAGGCGCUAGUUUAUGAACACCUUCCGUCUUUUAGAGACAGAAAAACUGCAUGGGCAGAUGGUAUUGCGCCCCACGCUUUUGCCGAAACAAAUUUGCUGCACUUUCAAGACCUAAUUGAAGAAGACCCCAGAUUAUUGAGUAGCCUUCUCAAGUACCACGAAAGACGUGAAAAUGCUUCUUCAAUCAAAUCUCUUUUAGAGAUCCUCGAUCCAAUACAGACACGCCCUGCAUCAAGCCAAUCCGUGCUUCCUUCGUUCAUGACCAAAUUAUCUCGUUCUCAGCUGACAGUAUCAAAUGAAACCGCUAGAAAAAACAUGAUAUUUGACAUAAGAAUCAUAAAUGAUGCCAUUGUGGCAUGCGUUUCGGUGAAAGAUUUCAAAUCGAUUGACAAACUAUUGAGUAAGCUCGUGUUUAAUCUGAUAGAUACACCAAAAGGGGUGAAGAUUGUGUGUGGCGACAAAUUUGCUUCUCAUGAUCUUGUGCUCAACAAUACGGCAGCAGAAGAAAUUGUUGGAAAGCUUUUUUAUGAAAAACUCCUCUGUACUCUUGGAAAUGCAUACGUUCAGGACAAUGACACACUCAGAUGCAAGUGGGUGGCCUCGCUCAUUCAGAAUUACAUCAAAGAACGUGGAAGCGAGAAACUCGAGUCGCUUUAUAGCCAUCUUCUAGACAUCCUAGAACCAGGGCAGAUGCCGGAAGUGCGGCCAAAUCAUCAAGUUGAAAGCCCUCAAAGAUUUGAAUACGAAUCCUCGAGUUGGCUCACAGAACCUGUGCUAGCAAAAGACGAAACAACGCAUCGCCUGAGUGUAAUCACGGCAUGAAAAUCAACUAAACUCGCAUUACGAAACACAUAUACAUAUCAUAGCAUGAAUGGGCCUAAGGUCCAUCUCCAAUCAUACCGCGUUAUG